AUGAGGUUUCGUGAAGAGCCCAACCCUGGAGACCUGAUUGAGAUUUCCCACAUCGGCUCCUCGCACUGGGCCCUCUAUGUGGGCGCUGGUUAUGUGAUCCACCUGGCUCCCCCAGGGGAGAACUCAGGGACUGGAUCCCCCACGGGCUUAGGGGUGGUGAAAAGGGAGCUCCUUGAGGAAGUGGUGGAAAACGGCUCCUAUCAGGUCAACAACCACCUGGACCACCUGUACAAACCACGGCGCAUAAAGCACAUGCUCACUAUUGCGGAGGAGGUGGUUGGUAAGGAGAUGGAGUACAGUGAUCUGAGCAGGAACAGUGAACAAUUUGUCACCGAUCUGAGAUAUGGCAAGGCCAGCGGCCGGCAGUUUCGUGAAGAGCCCAAGCCUGGAGACCUGAUUGAGAUUGUUGGAUUUUUCAACUCCCACUGGGCCCUCUAUGUGGGAGUAGGUUAUGUGAUCCACCUGGCUCCCCCAGGGGAGAACUCUGAGGCUGGCGCCCCCACCGGCUUAGGGGUGGUGAAAAGGGAACUUCUCGUGGACGUGGUGGGAAAAUGCUUCUAUAAGAUCCACAACCACUUGGACCACCUGUACAAACCUCGGCCCAUAAAGGAGGUGCUCAGGUCUGGGAUUGAGAUGGUUGGUAAGAAGAUGGAGUACAGUGAUCUGAGCAGGAACUAUGAGCACUUGGUCACUGAACUGAGAUAUGGCAAGGCCCACAGCCAACAGUUUCGUGAAGAGCCCAAGCCUGGAGACCUGAUUGAGAUUUCCCGCAUCGGCUCCUCGCACUGGGCCCUCUAUGUGGGCGAUGGUUAUGUGAUCCACCUGGCUCCCCCAGGGGAGAAGUGUGAGGCUGGCGCCCCCACCGGUUUAGGGGUGGUGAAAAGGCAGCUCCUUGAGGAAGUGGUGGAAAACAGCUCCUAUCAGGUCAACAACCACCUGGACCACCUGUACAAACCACGGCGCAUAAAGCACAUGCUCACUAUUGCGGAGGAGGUGGUUGGUAAGGAGAUGGAGUACAGUGAUCUGAGCAGGAACAGUGAGCACUUUGUCACCGAUCUGAGAUAUGGCAAGGCCAGCGGCCGGCAGUUUCGUGAAGAGCCCAAGCCUGGAGACCUGAUUGAGAUUGUUGGAUUUUUCAACUCCCACUGGGCCCUCUAUGUGGGAGUAGGUUAUGUGAUCCACCUGGCUCCCCCAGGUAAGGGGGAUAAAGUGUAA